UGAAUUAAGACACAAAAUAAGAAGAGUUGAACAUGGCGCGGGAAGAGAGCCAUUCUUCUUCGUCUUUAAAACUUUACGAAACUCAGUUUUUCGGUUUUACCCCACAGACAUGCAUGCUUCGUAUCUUCAGCGCAUUCCAGGACAGUCUCUAUGAGAUUUUACUCGUGGUGGAGAAAGUUUGCGUCAGGCAGCUGAGUAAAGGAGACUCGACCGGGCCUGAGGAGGAGGCGCUCCGGGUCCAGGCCCGAGAGUGCAACCGUAAACUGCAGCAGUUCCUCGACGAGCGCUUCAAACAGCUGUUUGAGCGGAUGGAAGCUCUUCUGAUGAACAAGUGCUUCACUGUUCCUCCGAAUGUUCUUCUACCAGAGGACCAACCGCACAAAAACUAUCCCCAUGACUUCCAGGACAUUCUGAAGUUGGAGUCCACACUGACUGAUCUCCACAAAGCCUACGAGGCAGAGGUGUGCGCCAGACAGGCCCUGCAGGCUGAGCUGGAGGAGCAGAAGGAGGCGCAGAAACACCUGGAAAGCACCUUGUCGUGGAUCCAGGAGCUCCAGGCGGCCUGGGCCAAGGAAGGUAACGGGAACUUUCAGGAAAGCUUUCGUCUGGUGAUGGAGUCGGUCAACAAACUACAGAAGGUCAUCAAAAAAAUCCAGGUGUUGAGCUAAAGUUCACAUUAGGCUCAUGUGACAACUGUAAAUAAACAACCUCCUGGAUGCAUUUUUGUAAACAAUUUGUCUUUUCUUCAUUUUUUUCCUUUUUUUAACUGUCAAUUAAAUCAUAAAUUUGUUUUGUGUAUAUAAAUGUGUUGUUUUUUUUAUCUUGAUGUAUAAAGUUUGGGGAUGGCUAAAUAAAUGUAAGUGGAUAAAUAUUUUACAAUGUCAGGAUUAAGGUGGCCUCCAGCAGAUGGCGCUAUAUACAUGUAAACAUCACCUAUGGAGUUCUGUACUUGAAACCCCAGAGGAAGUGAAAAAUAAAAACAUCUAAACAUUUGACAGGUGCGAAAUAUAUUUAACUGUGCAGUAAUAUUUACUAUAGAAAAGUGAUUUUCUGCCAUUGAAGAAAAUUAUGGGUUUCAAUUCUUUAACUCACCAAAUAUAUAAAUAAUAAGUAUAAUUAUACUUAUUUUCUUUCUGAAAAAGCUUACAUUUUAGACAUUUUCAUGGUGAUAUAUUUUGAUUCUAUUCAAAAUAUUUGUCCUAAACAAUGUAUUUGUCAUUAAAUGUUUCUAAUGUACAAACAUAA